AUGACGCCUAAUAGAGUGAGCAUGCGUCCCCGUAUAGUCUCCAGCCGUCGUGAACCAACCUAUCAUAUCCAACAAGGGUUUAAUAACCUGACGUUGAGGCACAUGAGCACCCCCUUUUCUGAGGACAUAAUGAACGCCCUGAAAGAACCUAAAGUCAAAACCCCCACCAUUGAAGCCUACGACGGUACCACCGACCCAGAUAUGCACCUAGUUGCAUACCUUCAUCAUACGUAUGUUCAAGGAACCAAUGAAGCCACCUGGUGCAAAUACUUUCCUGCUACCCUUAAAGGAGUGGCGUCCAAAUGGUUUGAACGGCUGCCCCCGGGAUCAAUUGCCUCUUUUAACGAAUUACAAACCCUAUUCUCCACCAGGUUCAUGGAACACAAGGAAGAAAGGAAAACAAGCAUGCAUUUGGGACGCAUUCAUCAAGGAAAAGAUGAGUCACUAAGAAGCUAUGUGAAGCGCUUCAAUCUAGAGGCUGGACAGAUCCCAGAUCUUCCCGACGGCGUCUCCUUCGAUAAUUUUGUCAGGGGACUGAAGAAAGGAUCAUUCAAGUUAGACUUAGUUAAAAAGAGCGUUCGGACUAUUGCUGAAGUAUUAGAUAAGGCUCAAGCAUUUAUCCACGCAACAGAAAUAUGCAGCGCGUCCAAAGAUGAAAAGACUGGUGAGGCAACAGAUUCCUCGGGAAAGAAAGACAAGACAGACCGAAAAGCACCACGAGUAAAUGGUACUUGGGCUCUUUGGAAAGAGCAUGAUACCAAUUCUCCUGGACACAAGAGAGAACGUCCACAAGAAAGAGAAUAUUUCGAGUACAACACGGACCUCCUCACAAUACUGGUGGACGUCUGGACCAGGUUUGAUCUUGAACGGCAUUUCCCCAUGAAGUCUCCUGCUGAGAGUCGAGACCCUAAGCUGUAUUUCCAGUUCCACGAGGAUAUAGGGCAUGACAACAAGAACUGCAGAAGCUUGAAGAGAGCCCUAGACGGCCUGGCCUCCAAAGGAAACCUAAAGAACUACCUGCAAAGGAGUGCUCACGGCUCAGGGAAGAACCAGUACAAAAAGAACAAGUCACCUGUCUCACCUACAGAGGGAAAUCACAGCGAAGGGGGAUUUGUAGCCGUCAUAUCCGGGGGGCUAGCCGCUGGAGGACCCACCAUGAGGGGACAAAAAGACUAUGCCCGCCGCCUAGGUCAAGUAAUGUUGUCAGGGAAAUCACCUGUGGACCCAUUUCCUCCGAUAGAGAUAUGUGAAUCGGAUGGUGGACGGGUAGCCACUCCACAUGAUGACCCCCUCGUGGUCGAGAUCAAAAUUUCCAACAUGAGAGUGAAGCGUAUCCUGAUAGACACUGGAAGUUCAUCUGACAUAAUGAGCAUGGAGUGCCUCAGCCACCUAGCCCACGAUCCCAAAACCAUAGAGAGCAUACACUAUCCCAUCAUUGGUUUUGGAGGAAGCAUCAUACAUCCCGUAGGCGUCAUCAACUUGCCGGUUCGAAUUGGAAAUCAAAAAGAUGGACGAAAGAUGGGAGUGGAUUUCCUAAUCGUCAAAGAUUUGACAGCAUACAAUGUCAUUUUGGGACGUCCCACCCUGAACAAAAUUAAAGCAGUAUAUAGUCGUCACCCAUCUCAUGCUCCUGAAGUUCGUAUGCGACGAUGGGACGAUAGGGACUAUACAUGGAGACCAACAGCAAGCAAGAGACUGCUACCUCACGACCCUCAAUCCGUCAUCAUGGAAGAAAGAUUUGGCCGAAGCAAGAGGCAAAAGAAAGCAUGA